AUGACUUCUCAAAUUACAGAAAUGAUUAAUAAAUCCGGUUUUUAUUCUUUAUCAUUCGAUGCAUCAAACAAAGGUCACAAGAAAAUGUUUCCAUUCGUUGUAAAUUACUUUACAGUUCGUGGUAACGAACGAUCAGUGAUUGAAGUAAUUGAACUAGUUAAUGAAACAGCUGAUCAUAUUGUUGCUUCACUUCGAGAAGUAUUGCAAAUGAAUAAUAUUGAUAUUCAGAAUAUGACAUCAAUUGGUGCUGAUAAUACAAACGUUAAUUAUGGACGAAUUCAUUCUGUUUUUUCUUUGUUGAAAUCUGAUAUUCCACAUCUAAAGAAAGGCAUACGUGAAAUCGAUCAAAUAAAAUUUCAUCAAAUUGAAGAGUGUGUCGUUUUUCUCAAGUUGGAAAUUGAUCAUGAUAAAUUAUUCGAUGAAUUGAAUAUUUUACAAUCCACAUUCAAAGAAGUCAAUUCAUAUCGUGAACCAUUGAGUGAUCAAAUUCGAAAAUAUAUCGGUGAUGAUGCUCAUAAUUUCAGUGGAGAUAUAAUCAAUGAUCAAAAUAAUGAAUCACAGAAUGAACAAGAUCUUUUUCAUAAACCAACAAUUGAAAUUCAUGAAAAAGAAAAUCAGAUUCGAUCUGAUCAAUUGUGGGCAUAUCUGCUCACAAAAUCAACAACUUUAUGCAGCGAAAUGACGAAAGUUCUUGCCAAUGUUUACUCGAUUCCUUGUUCAAAUGCAUUUGCUGAAGGUGUCUUCAGUCAUAUGAAGCACGCAUGGACACCAAGUCGAAACUCGAUGUCGACUGAAACAAUUGCUACUGAAUUAAAGAUAAGAUUAAAUAGCAAGAUAAAAUGUGAAGAUUUUUAUUCUUUUGCACAAUCUCAACCAGAAUUGAUUAAAUCUGCUAAAAGCAAGCAGAAAUACAGUUAUGUAAAAAAACGUGUAUUAGCUAAUGCAAACAGAGAAGAUUUACUUUAA